UGGAGCGUACUAUGUAGUCUGUGACGCCUAUAUCGAAUAAAGUCAGAUAUUAGGUAACUUUCUAAGGGGCGUUAAGGGUCAAAUACCAUCACCCCAACGUUCUAAAUGAGUAAACAACUGGACUCCUAUUGGGGGUCAUCGUCUAGUCACUCUGUUGUCGAAUGUUUAAUCAUGCGUGAACCAUAUUGCAUGUACAGUUCAGUCUUAACGCAGAAAGUCAUAACUAAGGUGUGGGUAUUAUCCGAGGAACGCGCCUUACCUGUAUAUAACUUUGGUUGCAUAUAGCCACGGCACUUCUGGCUUACUGGAGCGAAACAACUUACAGCUACAUUUCGUUAUUAUAUCAUUUCAUUAUUGGACCUAUACUGCCGUCAUACAGAUCGUCAGUGUACAUCGCUGAGGCAUCUUUUACCUUGCUAGUUUCUAUAUAAGGCAGUAAUCAUAAUAUGGAGCGUACUUACCAGUACAACUUUGAGACAAACAAGAACGUGUCCUUCAAUGAAGUCGAUUACAUUGUGUUUGGAGCAACGUUGCUUGCCUCUGCCGCCAUCGGACUUUAUUAUGCCAUCCGGGAUAGGAGGAGUACCGAUGCUGACGACUUUCUUUUGGGCGGUCGGAACAUCCAUUACCUGCCUGUAUCUUUGUCUCUGCUUUCAAGUUUCAUAUCUGCAAUCACGCUGCUCGGUACUCCUGCUGAGGUUUACCGUUAUAACACAAUGUACUGGUGGAUAUCAGUCGGAUUCAUUAUCUCUGCCUUGGGUUCCGCCCAUAUCUUCAUCCCUAUCUUCUACAACCUUAAAGUCACCAGUAUAUUCCAGUACUUAGAGAUGAGGUUUUGUAAAAUAAACAGAUUCUCGGCUAGUGUCAUAUACCUCUUCUGGAUGAUGCUGUAUAUGGCUAUAGUGUUGUAUGGACCCUCUUUGGCUCUUAACGCAGUUACCGGCCUGUCUUUGUGGGGGUCUGUAUUUGCUGUAGGACUGGUGACUACCUUCUAUACCACAGUGGGAGGAAUGAAAGCAGUGGUGUGGUCCGAUACCCUACAGAUGCUCAUUAUGUUUUCCGGGAUGAUGUCCUUGUUGGUGGCAGGCUCGCUGAAGGUUGGAGGUCUAGAUAAAGCAUGGCAAAUAGCAGAGCGUAAUGGCCGUACUCUCCUUUUUGAAUUUGACCCUGACCCAUCUACUCGGCACACGGUUUGGAGUGUUGUGAUUGGUGGAGGUAUUUUCUGGGGCGCCAUAUAUGGCGUAAACCAGGCUCAGGUACAGAGAGCGGUAUCGGUAUCAUCAUUAAGGAACUCGCGCAAAGCCAUCUGGCUGAAUUUCCCCGGUAUGAUGAUAAUACUGACUGUCGUCUGUCUUGUGGGAGUGGUAAUGUAUGCCUAUUACGAGCGCUGUGACCCUGUGACUUUAGGCAUCAUUAAAAGUUCAGAUCAGUUGAUCCCUCUGUUUACUAUGGACUUGCUUGGGUCUUACCAUGGUCUUCCAGGACUUGUCCUGUCCUGUGUUUUCAGUGGCAGCCUUAGUACAAUCUCCUCGGGGCUCAAUGCCGUGGCCGCAGUACUUCUAGAGGAUUUUGUUCGACCUUUAUACCCACAUCACAUUUCUGGACGUGGUUCAACUAUCUUCUCUAAGGUGACAAUCGUGGUUGCAGGUUUCUGUUGCAUUGGCCUUGCCUUCGUCGUGUCUAAGCUUGGAGGCAUUUUGCAGGUCGCUUACGUCCUGUUCGGGAUCCUUGGUGGGCCAAUACUUGGCCUGUUUUCUCUUGGUAUUUUAUUUCCUUGGGCCAACAAAUGGGGUGGACUGGUCGGCCAUCUCACUGCGCUAGCCCUGGUAACGUUUAUAGGGCUUGGUACUAAGUUUAAUGAUGUGGUAAUCACCCCUCCAUCCUCUUUGACAACUUCCGGUUGCUACCUUAACGUUUCCUCAGGAUCCUCGCUCACAGCCAUGGCAACAACAUUGGCCAGUACUGCAGUAACAACAGUGGCAAAUGUGACACCUAAGAAAGACCCGUUCAUCUUGUACCGGAUGUCGUACCUGUGGUACGCCCCGCUGGCCGCUUUGAUCACGGUUGUUGUUGGUCUCUUGGUCAGCUUUAUCACAGGUGCCACUAAGCCGAAGGAACUGGACCCCCGACUUAUCUGCCCCUUUUUUGACAUAUUCUUCCCUUGUUUACCAGAGAAGAUAAGGAGGAAAUUACAUUUCGGUGUCCGUCAUGGUGAGUUCCAGGAAGAUGUGAAGUCGACGGAAGGUGGCACAGAUGGGUCAGACGGAAAGGUGAACGCCGCCUAUCUCACCGAUAUCAAUGAAGUCUCCAAAGAAAGUAGUCCAUCGAAUAAUCGCAAGAGUGACACUAUUACCAAAUACAAUGGUACCAAAAAGACUGAGCCGAACAUAAAGUCAACAACAAAUGGUGUUCAGAAUUCUCUGUAUCCAUCCGUAAACGUGCAUUCUACAGAUAUGUGAGGAGUCGAUUGACGUUCCGAGCGGACAAGCCUAAAACAUUCCGCAUGAUGGAAUUGUGUAUAUUUUUUUUCUACAAAUCCAGUUACGUCGACAUUUCUCAGUCUAUAAAUCAGUUACCUAUGAAUUUCAAUCAAUCAUCCUAUUCCAUUAUGCUUUGUAAUGGUAUCGGAAAGGAAACUUCUUCUAUAAUAUAUCUUAUAUAUGAAAUAUAGUAGAUACUGUAUCCCAUACACUUUACAUAUAAGCUAUUUUAUAAACAAUUGAAAUGCAUAAUACACAUACAGGGUAUAUCAUAAUAUGCAUAUGAAUAAGGGGUAUUGUACAGCCUCUUUUUUUUUUAAAUAUAUUAUACAUAACAUGAUUUAAUACAUCAUAGGCAUCAUAAUAUGCAUAUGAAUAAGGGGUAUUGUACAGCCUCUAUUUUGAAAUAUAUUAUACAUAACAUGAUUUAAUACAUCAUCGGUAUAGCUCCCCCAAAUUUCAUGUCAAAUUAGUCUUAGUGAUGAUAGGCCUGUAACCUAGAUAAAAGCUGUAGACUGUACAUCAUUAACACGAAAUACAUAUCGGUUAAUCGGCGAAUUAGAAUGUGUUGUUCCUAUAGAGUCUAUGUUAAUACAUACGCACCCAUAUCAUUUCUUUCCUACGUUAUUUAGUCCCUCUAAAGCAAUACGCGUGCGUACAUUAUAUAUAUAAUGAAGGUAUACGCGGAAAAAAUAUCGCACAAGGACUUUGUUUUAGAGUUAAGAUUUUGAAUGUAGAUAUCUACCUAGUGUCAGGUGUCAUGGUUACAGUUGCAGUACUCAUUAUGUAUUUCUCAUCUGCUAUAGUGGUUUUAUCAUUGUACACAAUAAAAUCUACGGUAAACGCUGAUUUUAAUAUCACAUUAUGCAUGCACCUUGAACAUGUAUCGUGUGAAACCUUUGUAAGGUACAAGUGUUAGACUUGUUACGUGUGUGUUAUUGUCCUUAUACAAUUGUUCAUCAGAUUGAUGUGUGUCACAUCUGUACAUUAUACCAAGUACAACUGUGAUCAUUUAGAUUUCAUUAACCCCGAGGCGACGUCGUGGUAAUGAGGUUAUAUCUAUCUUACAAAGCAUCAACUAGAAGAUUGUAGUGUGUAUAUACACCUUUUUUUUUUGUAUGUAUACAUUGUAUAUUGUGACACUUACAUGGUGAUUCGUCAUUACUUGUAUCUCUGCGACUCUAUCAUCGUAAAUAUUUACAUGUUAUGGUGUAUAAUCAGAGAGUAAUAGCGAUAGCGAAAAUGAACAUAACAACAAGUUAAUUAGAUCAUAAGACCUCAAUUUAUAAUUAUCUAAUUAAAAUUACUUAACUCUACUCUUUUACCAAACUCUAUCAGUGCACGUUCUUUCUUUGUUUGCAAUAUAUUUUCACGUUUCCUCGCAUAUUUGAAAAUAACAUUUAAAUAUAAUAAGGGGUUAAGUACUGUAUGCACUGUCUAUAUUUUAUAUAAUAAAGGAAUACAUAACCAGAAUUAUUUAGGGUUCACAGUACAACUAGGUCGCUAUCAAUACCCAGAUAUAUUUGUCUAUCAUAUAGCAAGCCAAGUUGGUACUUAUACAAGGAGCGGUGUUAAUUAUAUCGUUUAUAAGAUAUAUUAUUUUAAUAAUAAUCUACUUUAGAUAGUAUCUUAUAAACAUGUAAGAUAUAUUAUAUAGAUAUUAUAUAUGUUUCAUAUUAUUAAUAAGAUAUCUUAUAUACUUUGGUUGAAUAAACGAAAACUUGCAUUGGAUUUCCAUAAUACCAGGUAUUGAAAUGA